CAGAACCCUCGCCCACUGGCUUGACCCCAGAGCAAAAAUCCGAAAUCAAAAGGCAAAAGCAGAAAGCCAAGAUGGAGGAGAUGCAGAAGCUCCUGAGCGCCAUCGAGAGCGCCUCUCUGACCAACCGAUCGGUUGCCCACCCGGCCCCUGCGGCAGCAGCACCACAUCGAAGACUGCUGGACGCGGACGACACCCACCACAACCCGCCCCAGAUGACGAAUCCGGUCGUGGGCCUGCAACUGGCGGAUCUCUCGGCCGGUGUUCCGAUGCGACAUAGCCAAUCAAUGUACAGCCGCCAGCCCGUCAAUGCGCGACCGAGCAGGCCGAACUUGCCCGAAAAGAUCCGCACACAGUCGCUGCAAACGAGCAAUCUUGACCAGGAUCACAAAAUCAUGUCUCCCAAGAGCCCGACAGCCACCAGUCGUGUCUCGAGUCUCUUCGUGAACAUGACGACAGGGCGGCACGCGCCUUCGAGCCCGCACCCAACACUCACUCGGGCUGCCACCGUGAUCCCCUCGACGCCGACGACACCUCAAGUCGUGGGCUUCGAAAGUAUCCCGCAGGUCCUGCAGACCUCACUGCCAACCAAGCUCUCGUUUCAUUCAGCCUUGGCUGGCAGGAGCGCUGCCGCUCCGGCGAUGGCCAUCCGCCAGCCGACAUCCUCGUCGGAGCUCCUACCGAACCCGCACUCCCAUGCAAUCUCUGCCUCGGCCCCGAACCCUCGGCCAGUCCACCCGGACACUCCCCGGGCCGCCUCUCUCCACAUUGCCGAGAGCAACGAUCAGCUUCGGAUCAUCUCUCCCAAGUGGCUUCGAUGGCUACCAGGCAAACUUGACGAGUCUAUGCUCGUCGACCCCUCCCAAGGCUCGUUUGUCGAUUCGCAAGUGCCCCUGUCGCCCACAGUCGAUCAUCAUCUCGACGACGAAGACCCUGUCCAGCUCGAGAAGGAACGGGUCAAGCAAUGGCAUCAGCAGUACACAGACGAGACGUGAUAUCCCCUGUGUUGUGUGCGCCUUUUGCAAGGGCCCCCCCUGUUCACCCCUCCAGCUCCAACAUGGCUCGCUACUACUCCGUAGGGCCGAUCUCUCUAUAUUGUUCUUGUCCCUCCAACCCGUCUUUUUUUGGCCGUCGUUUGUUUUGAUAUUUACCUGCUGUCUAUUGCACUGAUACCUCGGCUAUAAUCUGGCAGUCGAGCAUAUGGCCUUGGUUCGCCUUUCAACGUCUCUCUAUUUUUACUUUACUUUACUUUCCCAUUCCGUAUGCUCUAUAGAGCGCCCCGUUAUGAUACAGCCCGUCCCCUAAGAAAAAACACGAGACAUCUGGA